GAUCUGGUUAAGAAUAAGACUUGGGCUUUGAAGUGUUUGAGCAACAAGUGUUUGUGCUACUGCCCAAGUCAUGACACUCCCAUUUCGAAAGGACUUGGACAAGUACAAAGAUCUUGAUGAGGAUGAAAUUCUUGGCAAACUUUCAGAAGAAGAACUGAAACAACUGGAAACUGUUUUGGAUGAUCUUGACCCUGAGAACGCACUUCUGCCUGCAGGCUUCCGACAGAAAGACCAGACUGCUAAAAAGGCUUCAGGUCCCUUCGACAGGGAACGACUCCUUGCAUAUUUGGAGAAGCAGGCUCUUGAGCACAAAGACAGGGAAGACUAUGUGCCUUUUACAAGAGAAAAGAAAGGGAAAAUAUUUAUCCCCAAGCAAAAGCCUGUACAGUCUUACACAGAAGAAAAACUCUCUCUGGAUCCAGAAUUGGAGGAAGCCUUGACCAGUGCCACAGACACAGAAUUGGGUGACCUUGCAGCUAUACUGGGAAUGUCCAACUUGAUAACAAACAAUCAGUUCUGUGAUGUAGUAGGAAGCAGUAAUGGGAUUGACAAAGACAGCUUCUCAAAUAUAGUAAAAGGUGAAAAAAUGUUGCCUGUUUUUGAUGAACCGCCAAAUCCCACAAAUGUGGAGGAGACACUGCAAAGGAUUAAAGAUAAUGAUUCCCGCCUUGUUGAAGUUAAUCUAAAUAACAUUAAGAACAUACCAAUUCCAACGCUGAAAGAAUUUGCAAAAGCCUUAGAAACCAACACGCACGUGAAGAAUUUUAGCCUUGCAGCCACCCGAAGCAAUGAUCCUGUUGCUGUUGCUCUUGCAGAUAUGCUGAGAGUAAACACAAAAUUAAAAAGUUUAAACAUAGAAUCAAACUUCAUCACUGGAGUUGGAAUUUUGGCACUGGUCGAUGCACUGAAAGACAAUGAAACAUUGACAGAGAUCAAAAUUGAUAAUCAGAGGCAGCAGCUGGGCACAGUUGCAGAAGUAGAAAUUGCCAAGAUGCUUGAAGAAAACUCCAAGAUCCUAAAAUUUGGAUACCAUUUCACACAACAGGGACCUCGAGCCAGGGCAGCUGCAGCUAUCACAAAAAAUAAUGAUUUGGUUCGCAAGAGAAGGGUUGAAGGAGACAACUAGCAGAUCUUGUUGUCAAAACUGUGUGGAGAUUUCAAGGGUCGUCGAGGCACGCUCAUCACCGUGGGCUUUGACAAUCUUGGACUACAUUUACCUGGGUUAGAAGGGAAAAGACUGGAAACCCCGUUCCUUUCAAAGCAAAGCUAUGUUAAUAAUCUGCUGGUAUGCACCACGUUUUUCAGAUUGAGACACAGUAACUGCACCAGUCUCUGUACCAUAGUUUUUGAUUUUUUUUUUUAAAAAACUUUUUUGUAUUUCAAGACUUCGGCUGUGCUUUCUACUAAAAAUGUAAUUGCAAAUCAAUGGUAUAAUUGUCUGUAGUCAAAGAAUGGGACAUUGAAGAUCAUUGGGCAAAUAAUGACCCAGUUGAAAUGUUUGUUAGAAAAUCUCUGGGGUGCUUAUUUACAUAGAGGGGUGUGUAUAUUCUUGAAAACAAUGCAUUAGUGAGAAAGGAUUCUUCACACAACAGUUGGAUUCAUUGUGUAGAGCUGUUCAGCCUUGUUCAUAUGCACUGAAGAGAAAUCUUUCACA